ACCGGAAGUCUUAUUGUUGAUACGGAAUCUCUAUUGUUGCCAUUAUGACGCUAAUGGACUUUGAUCGUUCUGAACUUCAUAGUCACAUUCAUAACAUAGGCUAAUAUAGCUUUGGCUUUUUUUAUACAUUUAUAUAUCAUUUUGGCAGGAUGACUGAACGAGCUCCGUCUCCCUUGCUUUUGAUUCACCCGUCCAGAGGACUAAUUGACGAAAAGUUCAGUGUAAUAGUCCAGCAUUUGCCGCCGUUUAUUGAGAUCACUUUGCAUGCGCUUAUCCACUCAGAUGAUGGCGAUUUAUGGGAGGCAUUUGGCCACUAUGUUAGUGAUGCUACAGGAUUAGUCAAUGUUGACAGUAAUGCAAGUUUAGGAGGUACGUAUGAUGGUCUGGAACCCAUGGGUCUGUUGUGGAGUAUGAGACCAGUACCUGGGAGUAGACUUGGACUCAGGUUGAGGAAGAAAGAGGUCAACACUCCUGUGGUGGUGACCAUCUCAGUGUACAGAGGGCAUAUGGGUCAGGGGUUUAAUGAGCAGACAGCCUUGGCGAGUGUUGUCGCAGAGCGCUGGUACAUGGCCCCUGGAGUUCGUAGGUUAGACAUCACAGAGGCAGGAGUCACAGGGACCCUCUUUCUGCCAUCAGGACCCGGACCCUUUCCUGCGCUGUUGGACCUAUGGGGUGGAGGUGGGGGUCUGGUGGAGUAUCGCUCUGCCCUACUGGCCUCACAUGGCUUUGCAUCUCUCGCCCUGGAGUAUAUGACACCCCGGACAUCUGGGGACUCAACCUCUCAUGUGGGGAACGAGUACUUUGAGGCUGCAUUCACUCUUCUGAAACAACACCCUCAGGUCUGUGGGGACAGAAUAGCGAUAGUAGGUCUGUCCUUUGGGGCUUCGGUGGCUUUGGGGAUGGCUGUGUACUCCACUGUGAUUCAGCCCAGGUGCUUGGUGUGUGUGAGUUGCAGUCAUGUCCAGCCUGUGAAAGGAUCCCUCUCUGACGUCUUUGCAGACAUUUCUAAAAACGCCCAGAACACUCGCUAUGAUGAGGAGAAUAGAGUGAUCUGGCGGGAUCUUCUCUUACCUAUUCCAACUGACCCAACUAAGAAAGUAGAUAUGGGGAAGCUGCCAUGUCCUGUUCUGCUGAUUGUGGGUGAGGAUGACCAGAACUGGCCUGCCACUGAGUCAGCGGAAGAUAUGAAGCAGAUGAUGGAGAAAGCAGGGAACAGUCACCUGCUGACGACUCUGUCCUACCCUGGAACUGGUCACCUGAUUGAACCUCCUUAUAGUCCACAUGUCCGCGUGAGCAACUUCAUGAUGACUCAGACAAGACAGAAGAUCUUGGUUCUUUGGGGAGGAGAUACAGCACCGCACAGCCAUGCACAGGAAGACUCCUGGAAGAAGACCAUCACCUUCCUAGAGGAGCACCUUUAUCGAACUACAUCAGUGACCUCACAGUCCCAACUGUGAUCAGGCCUGAUAUAUAAGAUUAUUUUAUAAUAAAUGAUACAUUUUUACUCUUAUCAGAGAUUUUAUGCAAAUCAUUAGUUUGACACACCUGUCGUGGGAUGACCACAUUAUAGUGCAAAUGUCUCAACAAGAAUACUUUUCUACUGUUUAUUAAGGUCUACAAGCUAUGGUGUUCAAUUGCAAAGAUCUACAGAACCAGAGCUAUUGUCGCACAUGUUUCUUUGUUCAUUCAUUCACUUUAAUUAAAUAGAAAUUAAUGCAA